AUGAGAGGAGAAAAAGGAGCCUUCAGCAAACAAGCUGACACAACAGUGAGCCCGGACAUAGCUGAUAUCGUGAGGGUGAUGCCAGCCUAUGAGACCAAGAAGUGCAAUAAAACAAGCAAGAGAAUGAUUUUGGAAGCUGGAAAUAAUAUAAUGGAAAUUGACUGUGCUGAUGUUUUCAAAGAAACCACAGCAAGUCAGAGUGCUAUUGCACUGAUAGUCUAUCAGGAUCUUGAAUGUGUUCUCAAUGGAACCUUUUUCAAUGACAGAAAUGGAUUACAGGAAGUAAAAUUAAAUUCUAGGGUUGUAAGCAGCACCAUUGGUUCGAAGAACAAAACAUACCUCUCUCAACCUAUGUUCUUGACAUUGGAACAUAUUCAGCCUCCUGAAGCAAGAGCAAAAUAUUUCUGCAUCUCCUGGGAAGAAUCUGAGGAGGGGGGCAGCUGGUCCACGAAGGGCUGCUCUUAUCUGGGCAGCAACGACUCUUACACCAGAUGCCAGUGCUUUCAUCUGUCCAGCUUUGCUGUCCUCAUGGCUCUAACACCCCAGGCAGAUCCAACACUGACCAUGAUCACCCACGUGGGGCUGAGCCUCUCCCUGCUGUGCCUCCUCCUGGCGGCCCUCACCUUCCUGCUGUGCCGGCCCAUCCAGAACACCAGCACCUCGCUGCACCUGCAGCUCUCCAUCUGCCUCUUCCUGGCCCACCUGCUCUUCCUCGUGGGAAUUGAUAAAACUGAGAACAAGGUGCUGUGCUCCGUCAUCGCCGGAGUGCUGCACUACCUCUACCUGGCCUCCUUCACCUGGAUGCUCCUGGAUGGGCUGCACCUGUUCCUCACUGUCAAGAACCUCAAGGUGGUCAACUACACCAGCGCAGGCAGAUUCAAGAAGAAGUUCAUGUACUCCUUUGGCUACGGGAUCCCAGCUGUCAUUGUGGCUGUGUCUGCUGGCAUUGGGCAUAAAAAUUAUGGAACAUCUAAUCACUGCUGGCUGAAGCUUGAUAAAGGCUUCAUCUGGAGCUUCAUGGGGCCAGUAGCCAUCAUUAUCUUGAUCAAUUUGGUGUUCUACUUCACAGUUUUGUGGAUUUUGAAAAGCAAGCUCACUUCUUUGAAUAAAGAUGUUUCCACCAUUCAGAAUACCAGAGUCAUGAUGUUUAAAGCAUUUGCUCAGCUGUUCAUCCUGGGCUGUUCUUGGGGUCUUGGCUAUUUUAUGGUUGAAGAAACAGGGAAGACAGCUGGGUUAAUCAUUGCUUACCUCUUCACCAUCAUCAAUGUCCUGCAGGGGGUGGUGCUCUUUUUAGUACAUUGUCUCCUUAAUCACCAGGUGCAAAUGGAAUACAAGAAAUGGUUUAGUAGGUUACAGAAAGGCGCUGAAAUGGAAAGUACUGAGCUGUUUCACUCUACUAUCCACAGCAGAGUGGAGUUUUCUGAUCCCCGGAUCUGA